AUGGCUGACACUACUGUUAACUCAACUGAGACAGUGUCAACAAAGGUCACUGAUGAAAUGUUCAUGAUGGAAUGUUUCAAACAUAUCCAGACCCCUGCAGUGGUCGAUGUUAGUGGCGUUGCAAAAGUUUUGAACUAUUCUAACCCAGUCUCUGUCUCCAAUCGUCUUUCUCGCCUAAAGAAAAAGUUCAAUCUUCGUAUUAGCACCACCACCGGACCAAUGCAGCUUGGCGAUGAUGGCGACGUAGCUUCUGUCGUGGCUGCUGCCACCGCUACAUCAACUCCUCGAAAGGGUGCUCGAGCUACAAAGGGUCCUAUCAAGGCCAAAGCAGCAAGUACUGGUGAUGAAUCGAAGAGUGAGAGCCCCAGCAAACCUGCUCGAAAGGCGGGCGGUGGCCGGAAACGCAAGAUAGCUGCAGAUCCAACUCCUGCUGUGGUCGAAAAACAAGUUGAAAGCACUGAAGAGGAAGUUAACGGCAGAGACAAGGAAAAUGGCGAGAACGAGUCUAAGGCCGACGAAUUUACUGUUAAGCCAGAGACGAAGAGCAAAGAAGACUAA